AUCGUACGCUUUGUGAUGCAACGUAUCGCCAUAUUGUUUGCUACACUACCGCCUUCUGAAGUAAAAAACUUCAGGGUUAUAACCAAGUAUCGUCUCUCCGUUUUCUUGUUAAUGUCCAUGUGAAUUCGUCUUUUUCUCGGGUUACAUUUGCGUCGUAGUGUUGUCCAUUGUACUUUUUAUUUAAAUCACGAACAAAUUUAGCUUCCGUAGUGUUCAUACAAAAGUCGUUGAUGCGCUUUCGUGUGUCUUCAAUAAACGACGUUCAAUCAAGAAUUUCGGAAUAUGGCUGCUGCUGCUGCUGCUGCUCUUCUCGAUGAGCUUAUGGGAAGGAACAGAAACGUUCUUCCCAACGAAAAACCCAAAGAACUUAAUUGGGAGGAUCCUGAGUUUUGCAAAUUGUAUUUAGUCAAAUUUUGCCCUCAUGACUUAUUCGUUAAUACGAGAGCCGAUUUGGGCGCGUGUUCUCGGGUACACGAUGAUGAGGCCAGAGAGCUGUUCGAAAAAGCGCCAUAUUCGUAUCGUAAACAACAGUAUGAAGAUGAAUUUAUUAGGUUUUGUCAAAGUAUGUUGAACGAAGUCGAAAGAAAAAUAAUCAAGGGAAAACAGCGGUUAGCUCUUAUUGGAAGAACAGAAGCGCCUACCUUAACACCAGCACAAACUCAGAGGAAUGAAGAACAAAUUGCACUUUUAACCGAGAAAAUUAACAAGUUAGUAGAAGAAGCAGAACAAAGUGGUAUACAAGGCAACGUAGAACAGGCUCAAGGUUUAAUGAGAUUGUGUGAUCAGUUGAAAGAAGAAAGAGAAACAUUACGAAAAUCUAAUGAUAAUAGUCACUAUAAUCAGACUGCUGAAUUGGCUGCUGCACAAGAAAAACAAAUGGAAGUGUGUGAUGUAUGUGGGGCAUUUCUCAUUGUUGGUGAUGCUCAACAACGAAUUGAUGAUCAUCUAAUGGGGAAGCAACAUGUUGGAUAUGCCAGAUUAAAGAGUGCUCUUCAGGAAAUCAUGAGUAAACGUGAAAAAGCUAGAGAUGAAAAGGAACAAAGGAGAGAAGAAGAUAGAAAGCAAAGAGCACGUGCUAACGAAGAUAUCGAUAGGCGAAGAAGAGACGAUAGAGACAGAGAUCGGGAUCGAGAAAGGGAUAAACGUCGUAGACGCGAUGACGAUAAAGGUAGACACGAUUCAAGCAGCCAUAGAAAUUCUGGACAUAGAAGCAGAAGCAGGUCAAGAGAUAAGCACGACAGGCAUCGAGAUGAUGAUCAUCGACGUCAUGCUCGCGAUAAAGGAAGUCGUGAUCAUCGAAGCUCGAGUCACCACAAUCGUCGCCGCCAUCGAUCCAGAAGUCGAAGUCACAAGUAACUACUCUUGAUUGGUUAGUGAGUGAGAACUAAGCCAGGUAUGCACUAAACAAUAUACCAUAUCCGUCUCAAUUACUAUACAGGUUCUUUACCAGGUGAGUUUCAUUAGAUGCACAUAAUGUAUACAUGAUAAUUAUCUGUAAUUUUGAAGAAUGGCAUAGUCACAGCGAGCCAGUCUCUGGUCCUGCCUAUUAAUCGGAGAAACACUCUUACUAAAUUUCAUACGGACCUGAUUGUACAGCGUUUAAUUUUCAAAGUGACGAGCUUGCUCUAUGUAACAUAUUACCGAAAAAAAGGUGCAUCGAGGUAAUGUCGAGCAAGGAUUAGUAAAAUUGUUCCCAUACGAAAGGUAUUUUUAUCAUGUAGUAUUAUAGAUAUUGUCUACAGAGCAAGAUAGGAGAAGGUAUACCUAUGCUUGCUUUGAUCGGUAUAAUGUCUUCAUAGGGUAAAUCAAUUACAUAUAUGAUUUCAACGACUGCAUAGCUUUUUUUUGUCGAAAAGAAAUUAGUGGUUUAGUGGAGGAAACAGUGCCUACUUCCGUAGACCUGCUACAACAGUGCCCUGUGUGACUGUGACUAUACAAUCCUAGCUUCUACUACGCAUUUCUGAGGUAUUUAUAUCGGAAUGAUAAUACCAAACAUGUCCUUUUAUUAGGAAAAGUUAGACAUUUUCAAUACGGUGAUCUUUAUUUUGGAGCGAUAUUCAAGUGCUUUAAAGUUACGAUAACAAACUCCCGCUCUUACUUUCCUUAUUCCUUGAUUGUAAUUUAUUGGAACGUGUUCAGUUUAAAAGUUGAGUAAUGGUUUUUACCAGUUAGUCAGGGAAGAUUUCUACCAUAGGACCAAAGGAAUAAUCUUAAUAGUUUAAUUUGUGAUAAUGCAUUCAUGUGGGUGACCCAGAAAUGUAAAAUAUUUUUAUUUAACAGCCAUCUGGCUAUAAUUUACAAACCAUGUGUAAACUGCUCGGAAUUAUGUACAGAUAUACGGUCGUGUCAUUAUAAUUAUCUUUAGAACUUUAUUCACAAAAGUUCAAAAAAAAGAACAUACAAUGCUGCAUAUUCUUCUUCCCUUUGCAUGCAUUUUUUCUCCGUUAUUUUUAGUUCUGAAAGACAGGACUUGGCGAAGCUCAAUCGUGUUUUCUUAUCGAAAAGUCGUAUUAUCAAUCAUUAUACGUAUCAUGAUAAAUCAUUUGAAGGUUGCCGACAGGUCACGUGGACUGUGUAUUAUGGUGAUCCCAGGAUAUUCCCUUUAAUCAUAUCUUAUUCUUUUUGUCACGUCCUUCAUUUCGGCUUGAUAGAAGACUCAUACUUUAUGCGCGUACUACAUUUGUGUGACUCAUGUUUGUCGCGAAACACCUUGAGUAAUAUGCUUUUGAAACCAAAUAGAUUUCAAAAAAAUGGUACAAAAAUGAUAGCAUUAAUUAAAAAGUAUCGUCUUGAAUUGUUACAUUGGGAUAAAAGAAAUGUUAUCCUUUAAAGGUUUGUAAAUGUACUUACCUUUAACACAUUUCAUUUAACAUUCUCAUAUUGUAUUUAAUUAUAAGUUAAAUUGCUCAUAAAUGUAUGUUAAAAAGAAGUUCUAUUGUAUUAUUGUAUAACAAUACAGAUAUAGAAUGAAAUAUAUUUUAUUAUGCUAAUUAAUUUUAUUUUUACUUAAAAUUUACAAAUUAAUUCUUUUUAUUUCCAAUGUUACAAACAAAGAUGAUCAAUUCUAAUGAUAUAAUCUGCUUUUUCACACAUGUAGCCGACAGAAGUAUGAUAUAUUUUUUUUUAAUAUUACAUAUAUACAUAUAUAUUAGGUCAAGUUAACAAAUAAUGUAUAAAUAUGUUAUCCUGCUGUUUGAUAAUGACAGAAAUUAAUAUGAGCAAAAUUGUACUGAAAUCGUAAUUUCUGAAAGUUACAUUGUCUAUUUUCAGACAGAAGAUAUGCCAUGGGGAUGUAACCGCUACACGGACUCACUUGCACACUGCUUAAUAUAAUAUUAAGGUAAAGAUUUUGCAUAAUCUAAAAAGUCCAACAAAUCAUGAAUUUUA